AUGCUGUCGUGUAUCGCACUCACUGCCGCCGCUUCCUUCGCGACGUCCGGAAGAUCCACCGGCGUCGCUGGCACGUCCACGGCCGGCAGCACAACCGGCGGAGACGGCGGCGAUGCGGGAGAUGACGUCAUCAGCGGAAGUUACACCCCGCCGCCCAAGUGCCCGGCGGAGGACUCGACGUGCGCGGGGGGGGCGGGGACGGCGGCGGACCCCGACUCGCCGCCGGCCGUGGCGGAGUGCCCCACGGGGGAGCGGCGGUGCAGCAACGGCGCGUGCGUCAAGAUCGGCAUGCUCUGCACGCUCUCCCUGCAGUGCACAGCGGGCCAGUUCCGCUGCCACGACAGCAGCGGAUGCGUGCCUUCCCCCCUCACUCCCCUCCCUGUGCUCUGCCCGUGUCUUCCACCCUCGCCCUCCCCCUUCCCCAUCGGCAUGCUCUGCACGCUCUCCCUGCAAUCAUUGCAGUGCACGGCGGGGCAGUUCCGCUGCCACGACAACAGCGGGUGCGUGCCGGACUCGGCGGUGUGCGACGGGCAGGAGGAUUGCAACGAUGGGUCGGACGAGACAGGCGACGACUGCGAACUCAUCAGCGGGUGUCUCGCGCAGGGACUGGCUGCCUGCCCCGCAGACGUGCAGUGCAUUGCCACUCGGAAGUUCUGCGACGGAGUGAACGAUUGCAAGAGCGGGUCAGAGGAGGGUGAGGACUUCUGCUCCACUUACAGGUGUCCACGUGGCACCUUCAAGUGCCCCUCCUCGCCACUCAUCUGCCGCCCGGGCGCCAUGUGCGACGGCAAGAACCACUGCCCUGUAACGAAUCCCGACCUGCCUUAUACGGAGGAUGAAGACCCGGCGAUGUGCAGCAGCUUCACCCGACCCAUAGACCCCCGCACAGGCCUUCCCACCAGCGGCGCCACCAUCACCCGCGUGGGGGAUGGUCCCCUGGGCCCCGGCCAGAGAGGCGCGAGCGGAGGGACUGGCGGGGGGAGUGGUGGUGGGAAGGGUGGUGGGAAGGGCGGGAAGGGUGGGAAGGGUGGGAAGGGCGGAGGAAAGGGUAGUGGUGGUGGGAAGGGGAAGGGGAGUGAUGGUGGGAAGGGAAAGGGGAGUGGAGGAAGUGGGGAUAAUGCAGGGAGUGGAAAGGGGAGCCAGGUGGAUGCAUCAGGGGAGGUGAAAAAACAGGCAGACAAGGUUGCACGAGAGGAGUGGAUUUUUCCCUUAGCGUUUUCUAGCCAAUCCUAUGCUU